UGGUCGCUGCCGCCGCCACCAUCGGCAGCAGCAGCCACAGCACCAGCGGUCGUUAGCUCGUUUGGGGUCUCCUCCGGUUCGGAUGCGCGGAUUGCCGUCAGUCCUCGUCAUUCUACGCGCCAGAGCGGAAACACAAUUUGCUCCCUAUAGAGUCGCCGUGAUCGUCAACGGUGGUAACGCUACACCAAGUCCUUGUCGGGUGCUGGGCUGCAUAUGCAUUACAGCAGGAUGCCUCCACAGUCGGUCGCGUUGUUCGUAUACUAGCUGCACGCGUGCUUGUUAUUCGCGUAACGUGGGUGUGACAUGGGUUUUACGACUGUGUGCUGCUGCCAAGGGGAAGUGGAGUGAUAACACGGAAAGAGUACCUGUGCGGCGGCCAUGCCUUCGUGUGUGGUUUUGGUGCGAUAAACCCCCGGCCAGUGUGUUUGACCAGUUAAAGUGAUGUGACAAGUGAAUUAAAGUGUGAUUAUCCCAGAGAAAUUAGUGAAAAUGAUCUCAUUCUGCUUUUGAAAUUAUUGUGCUCCGGAGCUGUGAUUUUGUGAUGUGACACUACCUUAUCGAGAGGAUAACUUUUCUACACACCGAUCGCUCGAAGGAUUAUACUGCAUUUCGGAAUUUUUAUAGCACAACUCCAGUUCAGCAAGAUAAAUCAUCAAACAAGUUUUAAGGUCUUGCCACGCGCUGCGCCAUGAAGGAGAAGAGCAAGAAUGCGGCCCGGUCCCGUCGCGAGAAGGAAAAUGCCGAGUUCCUCGAGCUGGCCAAAUUGCUGCCGCUGCCGAGUGCCAUCACGUCGCAGCUCGAUAAGGCUUCCAUCAUUAGACUAACUACCUCGUACCUGAAGAUGCGCCAGGUGUUCCCCGAAGGCCUGGGGGAAGCCUGGGGCUCACAGCACAUACCGACCAACCCCCGUGACAUGGCCAUCAAAGAGCUGGGCUCUCAUCUGCUGCAGACGCUGGAUGGGUUCAUCUUCGUGGUGGCCCCCGACGGCAAGAUAAUGUACAUCUCCGAGACGGCGUCGGUUCACCUGGGCCUCAGCCAGGUGGAGCUGACGGGUAACUCCAUCUACGAGUACAUCCACAACUACGACCAGGACGAGAUGACAUCGGUCCUGUCGCUGCAACCGAACAUUUUUGGACCGCCGGGACCUCCCCCACCUCCGCCUCCACCUCCCCCUACAUUCGCCAAUGCAACCCUGGCCAUCAUAACUCCCCUCCUACCGAAUGUUGAGCCGACCAUCGUCGUCAGUCAAGGACCAACAUCAGACUCACCUCCACAAACCAUGAGUUGUCCCCCCUCGAUAUCUCCCAGCCUUAGUAUACCUCCCACAUCCGUACCGCCGCACCUGGGUCCACCUCCCCAGGUGCCACCUGGGCAUUCGCCCUCGGUCGGUCAAAUUCCCCCACCUCACCUCACCCCAAACAUCCCAUCGACCACGCCGAACCACCUCCAACAGCAGCACCACCACCCGCCUCCUCCGCAGCACCAUCAUCAUCCUCCCCAUCAUCAUCAUCACCAUCACCAUCACCACCAUCAUCAUCCCUUCAACCAGCAGUCGCAAACAAUCGAGAUCGAGCGGACGUUCUUCCUACGGAUGAAGUGCGUGCUGGCGAAGCGGAACGCCGGUCUCACUACUUCCGGAUACAAGGUCAUCCACUGCUCGGGGUACCUGAAGGCCCGCAUCUAUCCCGGUGAUUCGACGUACGGCGACGGGCACAGUUGCAUCCAGAACCUGGGCCUGGUGGCGGUCGGCCACUCGCUACCCCCAUCUGCCAUCACCGAAAUCAAGCUGCACCAGAACAUGUUUAUGUUUCGCGCCAGCAUGGACCUGAAACUGAUCUUCCUCGACGCCAAGGUAGCACAGCUGACUGGAUACGAGCCGCAGGAUCUGAUUGAGAAAACACUGUACCAGUAUAUUCAUGCGUCCGAUAUCCUGCACAUGCGAUAUUCCCACCAAAUACUGAUGUACAAAGGACAAGUAACGACAAAGUACUAUCGAUUUCUGACGAAGGGAGGCGGUUGGACGUGGGUGCAGUCGUAUGCCACCGUGGUGCACAACACGAGAUCGUCCCGGCCGCACUGCAUCGUUAGCGUUAAUUACGUACUAAGCAAACAAGAAGCACACGACUUGCUUCUAAACGAAAUCCAAGGACCAAUGAUUCCCAAACCGGAAAUUAAAACCCCAUUGGCCACCCCGGCAAGCGUCUCCACUCCGAUCUCACCUCCUCAGCACGUCCCGAUGCAACAAAUACAUCAAUCGACGCAACAAUCACCCUCUCAACACCAUCAGCAGCAGCAACAGUCAGCGGCACCCAUUCUCCAACCCCACAAUCCACUGCUGGUGAAGGAGAUGAGCAACUACCUUCAGCUGCAUCAAUUUGAUGAUGAUAACAGCCUCCACCAGAUGGUGCAAGGGAAUAGCGUUCUACAUCCAAAUCCUCAUGGAAACCAUCCAAACAGUCAGGAGUUUGAGCACCAGUACAACAGCCAGGGCAGCUUCAUGAUGGAUUCCAACCAAUCCAUGUCUCAGGGAGGAACGCCCAGCGAAUAUCUGGAUUCGUACUAUGACCCGACGUUCUAUCAAGCGGCAUUCGACCCUCAAGCGGACGGUUCGAACGUGCUGCGACCGUUCUCUGCCAGCUCCAACAGCUGCAGUAGUUCCGAUGGCGAAGCCCAUCUCAAUGCGACCUACAUCCCCAAUACGACCCUGAUCCAACAUCAGCAGCCAUCGUACGACGAAAUCAAUCAGCAUUUCGGACUCAACUGUUUCAACAACAAUGGCAGCAGCAGUAAUGGCAUUGCGUCUGCCAAUGGUCAUCUAAACGGUGGUCUCAGCAGUCACACCCUACAUCACCAGCACAAUGCUGCCAACAACAAUGGAAGCAACAGUGCUGCCACUACCACCACCGCCGCCAUCAACAGUAGUCAUAACAACAACAACAACAACAAUGGCCAUCACGACAAUGGCUUCAUGGAUGAGUACAAAGUAAGCCAACAGCAGCAGCAGCAACAGCAUCACCAUGGCAACGGUCACCACCCCAACAUCGCUCAACAUCACCAACAGCAACAGCAUGUCGUCCCCCAGCAGCAUCCCCACCACGGUCACAACGGGGUGACGACGGGCGGUCCGCAGUACACCAGCGUGAUUGUGGAACCGCAAAACUAUCAUCUGCCGGUCACGCAAAACGAAUUUGUGCACUAGAAGCUGGGGUUUGGGCUUUGUGGAUGGAGUGCUGGGGGAAUUGAAACACAGGAAGAAGCAUAAGACUGCAGGCAGUUGAUAUUGUCUCCCUAGUUGUCUCUCACUCUCUCUAUUUGUCUAAUUUUUAUUUUUCCAAUAAAUAGGAAGUAAGUUUAGUGAAA